GAUGUAAACAGAAGGACGCCUCCCGGAGACAGCGAGCAGAAAACAUGACCAAACUGGAGCUGCUGAACGCGUAUCUGAACGACAGGCUGACCGCGGCCGCAGAGGAGAUCUUCCGCGCCGUCAAGAACACGGUGGCCGAGUACCAGAGCGAAAUCCUGCGUUCCAACGAGGAGAACGAGCGACUCAAGCGGCUCCUCAACGUAGCCGUCCAGCGGCUCCUGCUGCAGCCAGAGCCCCUCUCUGUCCAGCCCCGGGACGACGCUCAGCCCCGGGAGACCGAGUGGAGACGAGGCGCGGAGCUGCUGCUGCUGCCGCAAAUCAAAGAAGAGCCAGACCUCCACACCUGUCCGACGGAUUGUUCUCAAGAAGCGAGCGACUCGGAGGAAGGAAGCUGCAGUCGCGUGGAGCCCCCGCAGAGGUCCCAAACUCCGCCGGCACCAACAGCAUGCGGCGGACAGAGUGUGUCCCCAGCUCCACGGACAUCCCGGGAGGUGAAGGCAGAGAGCGGCGGGGAGGCCGGCAGGUCACCGCCCUCCGUGACCGUUCAUUCGAACUGCAGAGCGGCUCAGGGCGACUCUCGAGCCGGCACCACAAAGAGCCACAGGACGCUGAGAACGGACCAGCAGGCCAGAGGGUUCCUGCGCUCGAACGGCAAACCGAGCGCGCACGUGCUGCAGAUCAAGAACGUCAGGUCCCUGAAGCCACCGCCCCCUCGCUCCUCUCACCCCAGCCAGAGCAUCCAGAGGUGGCACAGCUGCAAAGAGUGCGGGAAGGGCUUCAGCUUCGCCUGCCAGCUGGAGGUCCACAUGCGCUGGCACACCAAGGAGAAGCCGUACAGCUGCGCGGUGUGCAGGAAGAGCUUCACCACGGUCAGCAUGCUCAAGAGGCACCACCGGAUCCACACGGGGGAGAAGCCCUUCCGCUGCCACGUCUGCGGGAAAUGCUUCAACCAAUCGGCGCACCUCAACACCCACUUCAGGCUGCACACCAGAGAGAGGGCCGGCUGGGGCCGAGCGCCGCACCCCAAGUGAGCAAAGACUGGAGACUAACCCGACAACUGGCCAAAUGUCGGCUGCAAACAGUGCACUGUAAUGGUGUUUGACUGUGUGUCUUGUCUGUUGUUGCAAUAAAGUGUGGUACAUGAUGACCAUUUACGCUCCAAUGAUUGUGUUGUUGAACACUCUCAAAGGAAUUAAAGGGACACUUUUGUGACACUUUUGACCUGCAGUUCAUAUCUUAGAUGCGCAGACAUGGAACGCAACACAAUCAGACAGAGUGUGGGUUUAUUCAGUAACUGCUAUGUUUAACUGAGUGACAAGGAAGAGAGCCCUCACUGGCUUCCCACCCACAAAGAGGAAGUUGGAGGGAGACAUCAAGCCAAUCAAUUGCAGUGGUAGUUCAUGUUCAACAUGAAUUAGCUGACAUGUAACAAUGUGAGGGAGAGAGGAGAGGUAAACACCAGCUCACAUAACAUAUGAAUAACCCCUGUUUGUGCUGGUGACAGCUCUUUGUGCAGCCUUGUAUUUCUAUCUGGGUCCGGUGCUGUUGUGUACACAAGUAGCCUAGAGCUUUAAAUACAGGACUUGAGGAAAUAUACUUAGUUAGAUGGAUUCACUACAGUGAAACCACACCUGGGUCCAGACCUUAAAUACAAGUUUAAACAGAGUGUAACUAGUUGACUGUUCUGUCUGAUUUCAUGCAAUCAAUUAUCAGGAGGGAUAAAUGGGGACUAUUUUCAGCAGCGGAUUAAUACACAUUUACUGCUUCAGUGAGUAUUUGUGGCAACAGGACGGUGUGUGUGGGUUUUGGUUAAAAUAAACUAAAGUGUGUGUGUUCAGUGUUCAUGAUGAUGAGGGAACAUGUCACCCAGUGCAACAGUGAUGCUCACUGAUGUGUGUAAAGUAAAGGACUGUCGUCAAGGAGACCGCAUGUCCUGUGUGAAACUAAAAGUUAACUUUGAAAUGUUGUCACGUCGGUCAUCAGUCUCAUCACUCUGUUGUGAGGUGAGACUUUAGUCUGUCAAGUUAAUG